AUGGGGGAAGAUAAACAUCACGCAGAUUACGCUGACUUUUCGGGUUUGCUGAAGGCUGAAACACUUCAGAAUGUUGUCGAUUCGUACGAGGCACUUUCCGAAUCCUGCACCAAUUGGGUAGCCAACUUAGCCAACGCAUCUUCACUCCUAUGGCACGCAUAUCAUCUGCUUGGGGUUCCAGUCAAUUGGGCGGGAUUCUACGUGCUUGACCCAGAAGUUCUGGAUCAACUUAUUCUUGGACCCUUCCAAGGGAAAGUUGCCUGUCAGACAAUACUGUUUGGUAAGGGCGUAUGUGGAAUGGCAGCAAAACUGAGAGAGACCCAGUUAGUUCCUGAUGUGAACAAAUAUCCAGGCCACAUUGCUUGUGACGGUGAAACGAAUAGUGAGAUUGUGGUACCAAUUGUGGUGGACGGCGGAGUGGUUGGAGUUCUUGAUAUUGACUGCUUAAAGAAAGAUGGAUUCAACGAGGAGGAUGUCAGAUAUCUUGUAAAGUUGACAAGCAAAAUCUCCUCAACCAACAACUGGAAAUUUUAA